UUCGCCGCUUCUAAAUCCAUCGACCUUAUUCUCCAAUCUUUCUGGAAGGACGAAGUCAGGGUGGACGAUACCAGAAUGGCAAGCUAAAUUAUCUAUAAGAAACCGUUAUACCUCCUGAGUAGUUUUAGGCUAGGUUCUGUAUUUAUUUAUAGUCAUUAAAAUAUUAGCUACACCUGUGCUCGAGACAUGUAGGCUGGCUAACAUAUCCCAGGCUUUGAAUUGAACUUGCUGGUGAUGAUGCUCGUGGAUCAUGACUGUUCUGGGACUGAUGUUCGGUUGGUUCGUCAGCUCAACAAGGGUAUGAGGAUUCAACCAGGGAUGUGCAGCGGAGGGACCGAGCAGCAACGGGGAUGUAAAACUGGAGACGUCAACGAAAAUAUUGUUUGUCUGCAAUCUCAGGAUGAAACGGGACGGGUGUGUCCUGGAAGCCCAGCACUAGCGACAGACACGCGGCUAUCCUCCUGUUCCACAGCAGACCGUGAACCAAGCAGUGGCAGUUACAACGUCUCCACUGGAACUGGAACCUUUUACAGCUGCGUCAGUCAGAUCACCAUCGGGUUUGAUCUCGGGGGCCAAGUGGCCAUUGGUAUCUCCCAUUGGAAGAGUCCAUUCCCUCCCAGAGGUCACCCCCUGUGUGACAGUCCUGAUGGGGUUCGCUCCGAGGCCUCCGCCGCCGCGGCUCCGCAACUCCCUGAGUACCCAGAGCCAGUGUCCUGUCCUGCCUCCCUGUCAAUCAACCCUGUAUCAUCCCACUGCAGCGCCAGCCAGGAGACCAUCAGCGACAGCCAGGAGACCAUCAGCGACAGCAGCACAAGUGUGAGUUUCUCUCUACAUGGGGCUGAGCUCCAGUGGCAGAGCCCCCACAGACACAGAGUGCUGCGGCCCCCGACCCCUGGGUGCGAGGCGGCGGACUCAGCCUUCUCCUUCCCCCCCACCAGGUCGCCAGUCAGAAUGGAGGAGUCCUUGGCUGGGGCUCCGGAUUCCCCCAGCACACAGGACAAUGCGCCACCCCACGUUCUGAAGGAUGUGAAGUUGUUAAUGGAGAGUUUGGAGGGGCUGAGCACCCCAUCCAAAGACGGCGACUCGACCCUGCUCGACCCCGGGACCAGUAGCAUCUUGGACGACAACACCAGGACUGACCCGGCACCAGAGGUAGGGAGAAGUAGGUCCAGUGGGCUGUGCUUCAGUGAUGGCAAGUGCCACAUCGACUACAUCCUGGUUUACAGGAAGUCUGGUCCGCAGUCGGAGAAGAGGGAAAUAUUUGAGCGCAACAUCCGAGCUGAGGGCUUGCAGAUGGAGAAGGAGUUGUCUGUGUGCAACAGUGAUGUGAUCUUCCUGAAGCUGCAUGCUCCCUGGGAGGUGCUAUGUCGCUACGCAGAGCUUAUGAACAUUCGGAUGCCGUUCAGGAGGAAAAUCUAUUACAUGCAUCGACGGUACAAGUUCAUGAGUAGGAUGGAGAAGAGAAUCAACAGAUUUCGAGGAUGGCUGCCUCGCAAACCCAUGAAGUUUGACAACGACACCCUCCCUGACCUGGAGGAGAACGAGAGCUUUACCGCCCCCUUCAGUCGCUCCAGAAUACAUCAUUUCACCAUUCACAACAAAGACACGUUCUUCAACAACGCUACCAGGAGUCGCAUCGUCCAUCAUAUCUUGCAAAGGGUCAAAUAUGAGGAGGGCAAAGACAAAAUGGGGCUGAAUCGUCUUUUGAGCAACAGUUCAUACGAGGCAGCUUUUCCCCUUCAUGAGGGGAGCUACAGAAGUAAGAACUCCAUCCGGACGCAUGGGGCAGAGAACCACAGACACUUGCUGUAUGAAUGCUGGGCCUGGUGGGGGGUGUGGUACAAGUACCAGCCACUGGACCUCAUAAGGCGGUACUUCGGGGAGAAAAUUGGUCUCUAUUUUGCCUGGCUGGGCUGGUACACUGGGAUGCUGUUCCCUGCGGCGCUGGUUGGGCUCAUGGUCUUCCUCUAUGGCUGGUUCACCCUAGACCACUGCCAGGUCAGUAAAGAAAUCUGCCAAGCCACUGACAUCAUCAUGUGCCCCAUAUGUGACGAGUACUGCCCCUACCUGAGACUCUCAGACAGCUGCAUCUAUGCCAAGGUCACCCAUCUUUUUGACAACGGAGCAACAGUUUUCUUUGCUGUAUUCAUGGCUGUGUGGGCAACCGUGUUUCUCGAGUUCUGGAAGAGGCGGCGAGCGGUCCUUGCGUAUGACUGGGACCUAAUUGACUGGGAGGAAGAGGAGGAGGAAAUCCGUCCCCAGUUUGAGGCCAAAUAUUCAAAAAAGGAGAGGAUGAACCCCAUAUCUGGAAAGCCUGAGCCGUACCAGGCCUUUACAGACAAGUACAGCCGACUCAUUGUCUCAGCUUCUGGAAUCUUCUUUAUGAUCCUGGUGGUGAUCGCUGCCGUCUUCGGCAUUGUGAUUUACCGCGUGAUCACAGUCAGCACUUUUGCCGCCUUCGGCUGGGCUCUUAUCAGGAACAACUCUCAGGUGGCCACCACCGGCACAGCCGUGUGCAUCAACUUCUGCAUCAUCAUGCUCCUCAAUGUGUUGUAUGAAAAAGUCGCCCUUCUGCUCACCAAUUUAGAGCAGCCAAGGACUGAGUCAGAGUGGGAGAACAGCUUCACCCUGAAGAUGUUCCUGUUUCAGUUUGUCAAUCUCAACAGCUCUACCUUCUACAUAGCUUUUUUCCUGGGAAGGUUCACUGGUCGGCCAGGAGCCUAUAUCCGCCUCAUUAACCGCUGGAAACUGGAAGAGUGCCAUCCCAGUGGCUGUUUGAUAGAUCUCUGCAUGCAGAUGGGUAUCAUCAUGGUGCUCAAGCAGACCUGGAACAACUUCAUGGAGCUGGGCUACCCGCUGAUCCAGAACUGGUGGACACGGCGAAGGCUGAGGCAGGAGCACGGCCCCAACGCCAAGGCCAGCUUCCCGCAGUGGGAGAGGGACUACAACCUGCAGCCCAUGAAUGCCUACGGACUGUUUGACGAAUACCUGGAGAUGAUUUUACAGUUUGGCUUCACCACUAUAUUUGUGGCAGCUUUCCCCCUGGCCCCGCUCCUGGCCCUCCUCAACAACAUCAUCGAGAUUCGCCUUGACGCCUACAAGUUUGUCACCCAGUGGCGGCGACCGCUGCCCACUCAAGCCAAAGACAUAGGGAUCUGGUACGGCAUCCUGGAGGGCAUCGGUAUCCUGUCCGUCAUCACCAAUGCCUUUGUCAUCGCCGUCACCUCCGACUUCAUCCCACGCCUUGUCUACGCAUACAAGUACGGCCCGUGUGCCGGGCAGGGCCGAGCCGGGGAGAGGUGCAUGAUGGGAUAUGUGAACGCCAGUCUAUCGAUGUUCAGAGUGUCUGAUUUUGAGAACAAGUCGGAGCCCAGGACAGAUGGAUCGGAGACGUUUGGAGAAGCAGUGAAGUACUGCAGGUACCGUGACUACAGAGAGCCCCCAGACUCGCCCGGUGAACCAUACUCCUACACGCUGCAGUUCUGGCAUGUCCUGGCCGCACGGCUGGCCUUCAUCAUAGUCUUCGAGCACAUGGUUUUCACCAUCAAGAACCUGAUCGCCUACCUGAUCCCAGACCUGCCCAAGGACCUGCGGGACCGCAUGCGGCGGGAGAAGUACCUGAUCCAGGAGAUGAUGUACGAGGCUGAGCUAGAGAGACUGCAGAAGGAGAAGAACGAGAAGAAGAAGAAUUACAGGGCCAAUCAUAACGCGUUGCCCUGAAUGCACAAACAGGUCAUACUGGUGACCAUUUUUGCUCGGUGGUGUUGUGUGGGGGAAUGACAGAGAACUGGCUGCAUGCAUGCCAGGGACUGUCCUGCCUGUCUGUGUCUCCCGCUGGACCAGGUGAGCACCCCCAAGAGGACCGUCCAACAAACUGCAUUCAGCAUACUCCUCGCCAUGGUGUUCAAACGUACUGUAUGUCAUUCUGAUGCCGAGAGGCCAGUGGGUGAGGGAAAAAGAGGACAUACAUUGGAACAUUUGACAAUGGGGUUUGCUACUUUUUUCCAGAUUUCUCCUUCCACUUUGGACUCACAACUGUACAUUUCUUCAAAACCUGAAUGUAGAUUUAAAAGAAAAGAGACACAAAAAAAACUUUUGCAUUUCUAUUGUCACAACUUUAAAAAAAGAUUCUGUCAUCCGUGCGGUUGAAUGACAAACCCUGUUUAUGACAAACCCUGUUUACAAUCCUAGCCUUUUUAUUUUGAGGACAAAACUCAUGAGAAAUCAUGAUCAGUUGCUUUCACGAGGUUGUAAACCUUCGGCGAUGUUCUCUGCUUACAUUGUGUGCUGCAAUAAGAUGUUAUUUUGAAACAAUGUUCCAUCAGAUCUGUGGUUGGGGACGCAGACUGCUCAAACAUCAUAUGCCUUCCUUUACAAUGGAUACUAAUAACAAGAGUAAUAAAGAUUCAUAUUUAUUACAAACCGGUUUUGUAAUUGUCCCAUUUGCACUUUGAUGUCAUUUUAAACCUGUUUCAACAUCUUUCCAUCUGCCACUAUUAGAAUCUCCAUUGAGGUUAUCACAUCCUUAGCGGGUAGGUCAGGUUGUCAGGACACUGUAUACAUCACUACCACUAAUGUCUCCUCCAGCGCGUUUAGAGGCUGCCCACCAAGUGACUGUAACUGCAGCUACUGUCUGUCUCUAGUGACUAGUGUGGUAACACCUGAUCCCCUGUGCAGUUCCCUACUGGAUCACCAGGGGGCGCCAAUAUACCUAUCUCCUGACGCAGCCACAGGGCUCAAAGCAAUGAGAGAGAGAUGGGAAUAGGUUUACAUUUAGCAUUUUGUGAGUGUUCUCACGUAUUUUCAGUCAAGUGUCCAAAGAUAAACACAGUCAUGUUCUGAUACUUUGAAGAUCAAAAGUAUGUUUGUUUUGACCAGUGACAUUGUAGGGUGUUUUUUGUUGUGCCCCUGGAGUAAUUCUUGUUAGAUUAACACCAUUAUUGGUGUAAAAUAUCUUCUCAAAUCCUUAAAGCUGUAUGUUUAUUUGAAUGCUCUUAACUGUUGGCAGCUUUCUCUUGUACGUUUAUAUAAUUCUUAUAGUGUCUACAUGUCGAUAUAAUAUUAAUACACAUUUUGCCAAGGGCAACAGUUGGUUGCCAAGCUCCACUUUGUAUGCAAGUCUCAAUAUCAACCACUUUCUUUUAUAUCCGUAGACAGACUUGUUUCACACAUUUCGCGCUACAACAGCCUAUCAAGGUGAACUAGCUUGUUAUCCCUUUCUGUGACAGGUAACAGUUACAUUGAGGACAGAUGUAAUUUAAAACUGUUACAGCUCCUAUUCAGGUUUGAGGUUCAGGGGUCUAAUAAGACUAAACAAAAGGAUAGCUGAAGAGGCCAAUCAAGGUCAUGUUGGCACACAGAGCACACUGAAAGGGCUUUUUCAUCAGCAACCACAGGGCUGGAUUCUAGCAGAAAUGGGAUGUUCCUGUUUGUAUUGGCUGAAUGUCAUUGAAGAGAGACAGCAUUUUGGUUGGAAGUUGAUUGUCUUGACAAUGGAAUCACAACCAUCUUGCAACUGUCUUGACCCUGGAAGCCUGAGAAAAUGGCUUUGUAAUGCCAUUGGGAAGUUGCAAACCAUUCUGUAUGUUUUAUGAACACUGCUUUUACAGUAUGUUGUCUAUGGUCAUAUUGUGUUAGCAUUAUAAAGCCAUUCUGAGGAUACACAGAGCAUCUCUUCUUAGCCUAACUGUCUGACCUUGACUGGGAUUCUUACAUGUGCAGCUGGAAGCUGUUGGAAUCUGUUGGAAAUCACAUUAGCCAAAUCUGAGUCGUAGUGAUGGAGCUAACGUAAUAAUCCUCCUGACCCUUGAAAAAUGUUUGUAAUCUGCUGUGCAGAUUUUUAACUUUCGCUUGUACAUGAUGCACAUCACUACAAAUUGGAGGCU